AUGGCCUUCAAAACCUUCCUUUUCUAUGCCAUUUUUGUAUGCUUAUUCUCAUCCCAAACUGCUCUCAGAACCUACAUCAUUCAACUCCAUCCCCAACGGACGUCCGCAUCUCUCUUUCCUUCCAAGCUUCAUUGGCACCUCUCGUUCCUCGAAAAGACCGUAAACGAUCCUUCUUCACGUCUGCUCUACUCUUAUCGGUCAGCCAUGGAGGGUUUCGCAGCUCAGCUUUCGGAUUCCGAGAUUGAGUUUAUGAGAAACAUGCAAGAUGUUGUAGCUGUAAGACCGGACCGGGUGGUUCAACUCCACACCACUUAUUCCUAUAAGUUCAUGGGGUUGAGUCCGACAACGGAGGGUGGUGCAUGGGUUAAGUCCGGGUUCGGCCAUGGCUCGAUUGUUGGAGUGCUUGACACGGGGGUGUGGCCAGAGAGUCCGAGCUUCGACGAUACGGGAAUGCCGCCGGUUCCUCGGAAAUGGAGAGGGGUUUGUCAAUUAGGGGAAGGUUUUAAUGGUUCGAAUUGUAAUAGAAAGCUCAUAGGUGCGAGGUUUUUCAGUAAAGGUCAUCGGGUUGCUUCUUUGUUUCCGUCUUCUAGUGAGUUGUCGGAGUAUGUGUCGGCUCGGGACUCCCAUGGACAUGGGACCCACACGGCGUCGACGGCUGCGGGGUCCGCCGUCCCAAUGGCAAGUGUGCUCGGGAAUGGGGGUGGGGAGGCGAGAGGUAUGGCGCCGGGUGCACAUAUUGCGGUUUACAAAGUGUGUUGGUUCAGCGGGUGCUACAGCUCGGAUAUUUUGGCGGCGAUGGAUGCGGCAAUCAGAGACGGGGUCGACGUCCUUUCAUUGUCGCUUGGCGGUUUCCCCAUUCCGCUUUAUGAUGACAGCAUCGCCAUUGGUAGUUUCCGAGCUAUGGAGCAUAAGAUAUCGGUCAUAUGUGCUGCAGGGAAUAACGGGCCCAUUGCAAACUCGGUUGCGAAUGUGGCUCCGUGGGUCACGACCGUUGGCGCUAGCACCCUCGACAGGACAUUUCCAGCCGUAGUACAUAUCGGCAACGGAAAGAUUCUUAACGGAGAAUCUAUGUACCCUGGGAAACUACACCCAGGUGCCGAAAAGCAGCUAGAAGUAGUUUACCUAGCCGGAGGAGACCGAGGAAGCAAUUACUGCUUCAAGGGUUCGCUUCCGAGAGAUAAAGUAGGUGGCAAGAUGGUGGUUUGUGACAGAGGUGUCAACGGGCGGGCGGAGAAAGGAGUGGUUGUCAAAGAGUCCGGUGGUGCCGCCAUGAUUCUGGCAAACACGGAGAUAAACAUGGAAGAAGACUCCAUUGAUGCUCAUGUUUUACCAGCAACAUUGAUCGGUUACUCGGAAUCGGUUCAAUUGAAGAGUUACAUCAAUUCGACAAGAAGACCUACGGCUAGAAUCAUAUUUGGUGGAACUGUAAUCGGGAAAGCUAGAGCACCUUCGGUAGCUCAGUUUUCAUCACGAGGACCAAGUUUCAUGGACCCCGUGAUACCUAAACCGGAUAUCAUAGCUCCAGGCGUCAACAUCGUAGCGGCUUGGCCGCAGAACCUGGGACCCUCGGGCCUUCCGGAAGAUUCUAGAAGAGUAAAUUUCACAGUCAUGUCUGGGACGUCUAUGUCAUGCCCACACGUUGGCGGGCUAGCUGCAUUGAUACGGUCGGCACAUCCAAAAUGGAGUCCGGCCGCCAUCAAAUCCGCCCUUAUGACCACCGCUGAUACUACAGAUCAUUAUGGUAAACCGAUAAUGGACGGAAACAAACCUGCUGGGAUUCUUGCAAUGGGAGCUGGACAUGUGAAUCCCGAAAGAGCUAUAGAACCUGGAUUGAUAUACGACAUUAGUCCAAAUGAAUACAUCAUUCAUUUAUGCACCAUCGGGUAUACAGAUUCACAGCUAUUCACAAUUACUCACCGGAAUGUAAGCUGUCAUGAUAUCAUGAAGAAGAACCGCGGUUUUAGCCUCAAUUACCCUUCCAUUUCCGUGAUUUUUAGAUCCGGAAUUAGCAGUAAGAUAAUCAAAAGGCGUGUGAUGAACGUGGGGGAACCUAAUUCCGUUUACACGGUUAAAGUGGUCGCACCAGAAGGAGUCAAAGUACGUGUGAGACCAAGGAGGCUAACAUUUUCGCGUUUAAAUCAGAGUCUGAGUUACCGAGUUUGGUUCAUCUUGAGAAAGCCAACAGGGUCCAGAAGAGCGGGAUUUGGUCAAGGGCAAUUGACAUGGAUGAACUCGAAGGAUAACCGAAUCAAGAUUCGAAGUCCUAUUCUCGUCACAAAGUCAUCUAACAAGUAAGGGUAGCAAUAACAAGAAUUAUCUGUAGCAA